CCGAGGACGCAGAGCUUGCUGUCCUGCCACGAUGACGCUCGUCGCUCUGGUCCUAACCUCCCUCGCCAUUUCCACGGCUUGGGGGCUGCCACCCUCACCACCUAUAGUGGAGACCGCUCAGGGCAGAGUCCUGGGAAAAUAUGUCAGCUUAAAAGGAUUUGCACAGCCUGUGGGCGUUUUCCUGGGAAUUCCUUUUGCCAAGCCUCCUCUUGGAUCCUUGAGGUUUGCUCCGCCGCAGCCUGCAGAACCAUGGAGCUUCGUGAAGAAUACCACCUCUCACCCUCCCAUGUGCUCCCAAAAAGCAAUGUUUGAGGAAAUGGCCUCAGACCUCCUUAGCAACGGAAUGGAGAGCGUUAAGCCUAAAUUUUCUGAAGACUGUCUUUACCUAAACAUAUACACCCCUGCUGACUUGACGAAGAGAAGCAGGCUGCCGGUGAUGGUGUGGAUCCACGGAGGAGCUCUGCUGAUGGGAGGAGCGUCAAUCUAUGACGGGCUGGCCCUCUCUGCCCAUGAAAAUGUGGUGGUGGUGACCAUUCAGUACCGCCUGGGCAUCUGGGGCUUCUUCAGCACAGGGGACGAGCACAGCCGGGGGAACUGGGGCCACUUGGACCAGGUGGCCGCGCUGCACUGGGUCCAGGAGAACAUUGCCAACUUUGGAGGGGAUCCAGGCUCUGUGACCAUCUUUGGAGAGUCAGCAGGAGCGGAAAGUGUGUCUGUUCUUGUUUUAUCUCCUCUGGCCAAGAAUCUUUUCCACCGGGCCAUCUCAGAGAGUGGUGUUGCCCUUAUUCCUGGCCUGGUCAAGAAGGACUCUAAGGCUGAAGCUAAGCAAAUUGCUGCCUUUGCUGGGUGCAAAACCAUCACCUCGGCUGUCCUUGUUCACUGCCUGCGCCAGAAGACGGAGGACGAGCUCUUGGAGGUAACACAGAAGAUGAACUUUUUCACUCUUGAUUUCUUGGGAGACCCAACAAAGACCUAUCCUUUCCUGCCCACCGUGGUUGACGGAGUGGUGCUGCCAAAGAUGCCAAAAGAGAUGCUGGCUGAAAAGAACUUCAACACUGUUCCCUACAUCAUCGGAAUCAACAAGCAAGAGUUUGGCUGGAUUAUUCCACUGCUCAUGGGCUUCCCACUCUCAGCAGGCAAGAUGGACCAGGAGAUGGCCACGUCACUCGUGUGGAAGUCCUACCCCAUCCUUAACAUCCCUGAGGAACUGGCUCCAGUGGCCACUGACAAGUAUUUAGGAGGGACACAAGACCCUGCCCAAAAGGAAGACCUGCUCCUGGACUUGAUUGGAGAUGGGUUGUUUUGUGUCCCAUCUGUGAACACAGCCCGUUACCACAGAGAUGCUGGAGUCCCGACCUACAUGUACGAGUUUCAGUAUCACCCAAGCUUCUCACCAGAGCUGAAACCCAAGACAGUGAUAGGGGACCACGGGGAUGAAGUCUUCUCUGUCUUCGGGAUUCCAGUUUUGCAAGAUGGUGCCUCAGAAGAAGAGAUCAAUCUCAGCAAGAUGAUGAUGAAAUUCUGGGCCAACUUUGCUCGGAAUGGGAACCCCAAUGGGAAGGGGCUUCCCCACUGGCCAGCGUAUGACCAGAAAGAAGGGUACCUUCAGAUUGGUGUCAACACUCGGGCAGCUGAGAAGCUAAAAAGUGAGAAAGUGGCUUUCUGGAACGAGCUUCUGUCCCAGGAGGCAGCAAAGAAGGUCCCACAAUCAAAACAUGUUGAGCUGUAAACGGGGGUUUCUCUAGAAGUGUUUGUGUGCUAAAGAGGCGUCUUAUUGUGGAGGCUGAGGAAUUAUCCAGUGGGAGUGGCAGAGGUCUGGGAGGGGGAGUUUCUGUUCCUGUGGCCUCAAUUUGGAAA